UUUACAAAAUAUAAAUAAAUAUUGACCAAAUUAGAUAGCGAAUUCUACUUUAAAAACCACAUAAUUUUGGAGGUUCUUCAAUUAAAGUGUAUUUAUUUUAUGACUUUUAUCAUAAACAAAUAACUAAAGAAGGUACACAGUCAGGAAUUGUGAUAUCUCAAAAUAUGGGCGAAUCCAGGUGUUUCUCGUUGAUGAAAUGUUUGCUGAUACUUUUUAAUGUUAUAUUUCUACUGGUGGGCGCGGGCGUGGCGGCGUUCGCGGGCUGGGCGUUGUGGGACGGGCGUGGCACGGAGAGCGGGUCGGGGCGCGCCGGGCUGUGCGCGCUCGCCGUGUGGGCCGCCGUGCUCACCCUGGGCGCCAUCACCGCGAUUGCCGGAGCGGUACGUGGGUCUGGCGCGCUGCUGGCGGUGUCGUUCGGGCUUGUGGCGCUGAGCGCGGGCGCGGGCGCGGCGGCGGGCUGGUGGGGCGCGGCGCACGUGGGCCAGCUGCGCGGCGCGCUGGCGGCGGCGCUGCGCCACUCGCUGCGCCACGAGUACGGCACCGUGCACGCGCGCACCGCCGCGCUCGACGCCAUCCAGCGCGGGCUGCGCUGCUGCGGCGCGGACGGCGUGCGCGACUGGCAGCGCGCCGCGCCCGCAGACCUCGACCUGUCGGUGGGGGCGCCGCCGGCGGUGUACACGGUGCCGGCGUCGUGCUGCGAGCGCGCGGGCGAGGCGUGCGAGGCGGCGCGGCGCGUGGCGGCGGGCGGCGAGACGGCCGGCUUGUGGGCGGCGGGCUGCGCGGGCCGGGCCGCCGACGCGCUGGCGGAGGUGGCCCGCGCGCCGCUGGCGGUGGCGGCCGCGCUGCUCGCCAUGCACGGCGCCGCGCUGCUGCUGACGCUCACCCUGUGCUUGCGCGCGCGCCCGCCGCCGCAUUACAAGGCUUAAGGCGAGCGAAGUAGACGUCCGCGUCGCUAGAAGAUCACUAUGACCGAUGACCGCUCAUGAAAUUUCGCCGAGAUCCUGAAAUAAUUUAAAGUAUUUAAUUUUGUUCAGUUUAUUUAUUUCUGCAAUAAUUUGCUAAUAUGAAGAUUAAUUGUUUUCUAGCUAGUCACACGAGCCUGCACCGAUCUGACAAUGUGUAACUUUUCUAUGUUUUGUACAAUUUUAAUGGUAUUAUUUGUUGAGACUGAUUUUUAUAUUUAUGUACUGGAGUACCGCCAUUUUUUAUAUUAUUGUAGAAUAUGAUACGAGAUAGAUGCUAGUAUACAUUUUGAAUUUCUCAAUAAUAUUAUGUAUUAUGUUAGCCAUAUCCCAAACGAAUUAAAUGUUUGUGGUUUUAAAUUGCAACCAACUGCAGCAGUAGGUUAUUUAAAGAAUCACAUAUUCACAUGAUAUUUUAACAUAAUAAUAUACCAUGUGAGUACUAACCAGCGUUGCCCGAUUUUGGCGG